AUGAAGUUCCUAUCUUCGUUGGCCUUCGUUGCCUUGGCAGCGCAGGCUUCAGGCGCGGCCAUAAGCCACAAGCUCGACGGCUUCACCAUUCGCGAGCAUGCAGAUGCCUCGAAGCGGGAGUUGCUCCAGAAAUAUGUGACCUGGGAUAAGCAAUCCAUUUUCAUCAAUGGGGAGCGUCUGAUGAUGUUCAGUGGUGAAGUUCAUCCCUAUCGUCUGCCCGUUGCCUCAUUGUACAUUGAUAUCUUUGAGAAGGUCAAGGCAUUGGGUUUCAAUUGUGUGUCUUUCUACGUCGAUUGGGCCUUGUUGGAGGGCAACCCCGGCCACUACACAGCAGAAGGUAUCUUCGAUCUACAACCCUUUUUUGAUGCGGCCAAGGAGGCUGGUAUCUACCUACUGGCGCGCCCUGGUCCCUACAUCAAUGCCGAGGUUUCUGGCGGUGGCUUCCCAGGAUGGCUUCAGAGAGUGAACGGUACACUACGAACUAGCCUUGGAGACUACCUCCAGUCCACAGACAACUAUGCUUCACAUAUCGCUGCGACUAUUGCUAAGGCGCAAAUCACCAACGGCGGUCCGGUCGUCCUCUACCAGCCCGAAAAUGAGUACUCUGGAGCUUGCUGUGGCUAUGACGGUUUUCCCGACGGCUCGUACAUGCAAUACAUUGAAGACCAUGCUCGCAAAGCAGGAAUUGUGGUUCCUUUCAUUAGCAAUGAUGCCUAUCCUGGUGGCCACAAUGCUCCCGGUACUGGCAAGGGAGAAGUCGACAUCUAUGGUCACGACGGCUAUCCCCUUGGGUUCGACUGCGCCAAUCCUUCCGUCUGGCCGGAUGGUGACCUGCCUACAAAUUGGCACGCACUGCACGAGGAACAAAGCCCCACGACACCGUAUUCCAUUGUCGAGUUCCAAGGUGGUUCGUUCGAUCCCUGGGGUGGCGUAGGUUUCGCCAAGUGUGCCCACCUAUUGAACCACGAGUUCGAGCGAGUCUUUUACAAAAACGACUUUAGCUUUGGUGUUACCUUCCUCAACUUGUACAUGAUAUUUGGUGGAACCAACUGGGGCAAUUUGGGUCAUCCUGGCGGUUAUACGUCUUACGACUAUGGCUCUCCCAUUUCUGAAUCGCGAAACAUCACCCGUGAAAAGUAUUCUGAACUGAAAUUGCUUGGAAACUUUGCUAAAGUUUCUCCUGAUUACCUCGUGGCCAAUCCUGGAAACUUGACCACUUCCAAGUACACCAGCACUGCCGAGCUGACUGUCACUCCUUUGCUUGGAAGUGACUGUUCUACCGGCUCGUUCUUCGUCGUUCGUCAUUCGAACUACAGCAGUCAAGCUUCGGCCAAAUAUCACCUCACGCUUCCGACCAGUGCCGGUGAAAUGACCAUUCCCCAACUCGGCGGUGAACUCACUUUGAGCGGCCGGGACUCAAAGAUCCAUGUGACUGACUAUGACGUCGCUGGUACCAAGAUCCUCUAUUCGACUGCCGAGGUGUUCACGUGGAAGAAAUUUGACAACGAAAAGGUCCUCGUUCUCUAUGGCGGACCCGGUGAGCACCACGAGUUUGCUGUCAUUGGUGCCUCUGCUAGCUCAGUCACUGAGGGAUCCGGCUCCGACAUCAAAUCGAAGAAGGUGGAUAAGGCACUGGUUGUUGCUUGGGAUGUCUCAAGCAAGCGUCGCAUUGUCAAGAUCGGAGACCUCAAAGUCUUCCUGAUUGACCGCAACUCUGCCUACAACUACUGGGUACCUCAUCUGCCGACCAAGGGCAAGGAACCAGGCUUUGUCAGCAAGAAAACGAUUGACUCUUCCAUCAUUGUAAAUGCUGGCUAUUUGGUUCGAAGCGCAUUCCUGAACGGGGAGGAUCUGCACAUCCAGGCGGACUUCAACGCUACCACUCCCAUUGAAGUCAUCGGUGCUCCUUCUUGCGCCAAAAACUUGAUUGUCAACGGCAAGAAGACCAAGGCUCACACCGACAAGAACGGUAUCUGGUCGACCAGCAUUUGUUAUGAUGCACCGAAGGUCCAUCUCCCUAAAUUGAAGGAUCUGAAAUGGCGAUCAAUCGAUACCCUUCCGGAACUCAAGAACACGUAUGAUGACUCUGCGUGGAGGUCCGCUGACCUUCCCUACACCCGCAACAGCGCCAACAAGCUGCAAACUCCUACCAGCUUGUUCUCGUCUGAUUACGGAUACCACACUGGUGCUCUGCUGUACCGCGGACAUUUCGUCGCCAAUGGCAAAGAGUCCACUUUCUUCGUUCAGACGCAGGGUGGCUCAGCUUACGGUCACUCUGUCUGGGUCAAUGAGACAUACAUUGGCUCUUGGGCGGGCACUGGUCCUAACAGCAACUACAACGCUACCUAUACACUUCCAUCCUUGAAGUCCGGCAAGAAUUACGUUAUCACGGUUGUCAUUGACAACAUGGGACUAGAUGAGAACUGGACCAUCGGCCAAGAACAGAUGAAGAACCCUCGGGGUAUCCUCCGCUACACCCUCGCUGGACACGAAGCUAGCGCCGUCACCUGGAAAUUGACCGGAAACCUGGGCGGCGAGGAAUACCGUGAUACCAUCCGCGGUCCCCUCAACGAGGGCGGUCUCUACGCCGAGCGUCAAGGCUUCCACCAGCCCCAGCCACCCACCAAGGACUGGGACUCCAGCAGCCCGUUCACCGGUCUCACCAAGCCGGGCAUCCGCUUCUACAGUGCCAGCUUCGACCUCGACCUCCCAUCUGGCUACGACAUCCCGCUGUACUUCAACUUUGGCAAUAGCACUGUUCCUCCCGAUGCGUACCGCGCUCAGCUCUACGUUAACGGAUACCAAUACGGUAAAUACGUCAACAAUAUCGGUCCCCAGACAAGCUUCCCCGUUCCCGAGGGUAUCCUGAACUACCACGGCACCAACUGGAUUGCUCUGAGUCUUUGGGCUCAACAGGAUAACGGUGCUAAGCUGACCAGCUUUGAGCUGAUCAACGCCACCCCUGUGCUUACGUCCUUGGACAAGGUCAAGUCAGUGGACCAGCCAAAAUAUAAGCCUCGACCGGGCGCGUACUAG